UGAAAAUUCCCAGCCAUCGAUCCAGCAGGCGUUAGCGUCAGCGGCGAAAAAGUCAACUCGAGUCAAGUCGGAUAAGCGUUUCGCACCGUCUCUCGUUUUUUUUUUGUUUUUUUCCGUGGAAAAAUGCCUUUUUAUGUCGAUGAAGCCGAAGCCGUUGUCCGUCUGGUCUCGCUGAUCUGUGGUCUUAACUCGAUGUCGUUUUGAUUUUGUCGCCGUCCGAGGGAAAAUCGCUCGAAAAUGGCCGAUAAAGUGCUCAAACACAUCCCGGAGCAGAAGCUGAAGGCCUUUUCCAUCGGGACGAUGGGCAAGAGGCAGCUUUCAAAGAGGGAGAUAGAAGAGAACAAGAAAAGAGAACAGGAAAAGGCCGCCGCUCAGGCCUUCGAGGAGUUCGUGGCCACGUUUCAAGAAGCCCCGACUAAAACGAACAAAGUCUGGGUCAAAGCUGGGACUUACGAUGCCGGCAAAAGGCAGGAAGAUACUAAAGAAAAAGGUAAACUAUACAAACCUCAGUCACGAUUGGACUUCCCAGAGAAGAACUCCGCUGAGCGGGCUCAAGAGUACGCUAAACUACUCGGAGAAAGGUCCAAGCCGGAGCGACCCGGCAAAAAGAAAGAAAAAGAAAAAAAGAAGAGCAAUCUUGAAUUAUUCAAAGAAGAAUUAAAAAUGAUACAAGAAGAACGGGAAGAACGGCAUAAAUACAAGGGAGCCAUCAAAGCUGCCGUCGUUGACCCUGAUUUUGUAAAAAACUCUGGUGUUUUGCCGGAAGAAAAAGGUUCUUUCGAUUGUGGGGAUCCGAACACAACAAACAUUUACCUGGGAAAUAUCAACCCAAAGAUUACAGAACAACAGUUAAUGGAAGUGUUUGGCAAAUACGGACCUUUAGCCAGCAUUAAAAUCAUGUGGCCUCGUUCUGAUGAGGAGAAGUCGAGAGGAAGGAACUGUGGGUUCGUCGCUUUCAUGAAUAGAAAAGAUGGGGACAGGGCGAUGAAAGCGCUAAACGGAAAAGAUAUUCUUGGUUACGAGAUGAAAUUGGGUUGGGGCAAAUUUGUACCUAUUCCCCCUUUCCCUAUAUACAUUCCUCCCAACCUCCUGUCUCUUACCCAACCGCCACCACCUUCUGGUUUGCCUUUCAAUGCCCAGCCGCAUCCUAGAGAUAGAAAUCGAGUGCCAAGAAUGAAGACAAAUGAGCCAUACCCAGUUAAUCCUGAGGACAUGGACAAAGUGGAGAAGAUUUUACCCCAGGCACUCGUCAAAGUGGUUAUCCCGACCGACAGGAACCUGUUGAUGUUGAUCCACCGAAUGAUAGAAUAUGUGAUCCGGGAAGGACCUAUGUUCGAGGCCAUGAUUAUGAACAGAGAAAUCAACAACCCUAUGUUCAGGUUUCUGUUUGAUAACCAAUCUCCUGCACACACCUACUACCGUUGGAAGCUCUUCUCUCUGUUGCAAGGCGACUCUCAGAAGGAAUGGAGGUUACAAGAGUUCAGAAUGUUCAAAAACGGUUCAAUAUGGCGGCCCCCACCAUUGAACCUUUACACUCAGGGAAUGCCUGAAGAGCUGAUCGAAAAGGACGAUGAUCGCAAGGGUGGGCUCUCGCCAGCUCAGCGCGACCGUCUCGAGCAGCUCAUCCGUCACAUGACCCCUGAAAGGAUGAAGGUAGCCGAUGCCAUGGUAUUCUGUAUUGAACACUCAGAGGCCGCUGAUGAAAUCUGCGAUUGCAUUGUGGAAUCACUUGGUAAUCCUGAUACACUCUUGUACAAGAAGGUUGCCAGACUAUAUUUAGUUUCAGACAUACUACAUAACUGUAGUAUUAAAAUAACUCAUGCUUCCUACUAUAGAAGAUGCCUAGAAUCAAGACUGCUAGAGAUAUUUUACUUAGCUCACAUUACUUAUACCAGUUUGGAGUCGAGGUUAAAAGCCGAAAGUUUCCGGGUUAGAGUUAUGAACAUCUUCAAAGCUUGGGAUGAUUGGGCCGUUUACCCGAGAGAAUUUCUCAUAAGGUUGAAAUCGACCUUCCUCGGAACACCGAUUACCCAUGAAGACGAAGAGGAGACAAGAAGAAGCAGUGAAGUGCACGAUGAUGACAUUGAUGGCAUACCAUGUGACAACUUAGGGUCGGAGAUGGAUCAAGAUGACCUCGAUGGCGUACCGCUAGACGGUGCCACAUUGCUCAAAGGGGCUUACAAACAUACAAAUGUUGAUGAUAUCGACGGAAUUCCAAUGGACGAUGACAUCGAUGGAAAGCCAAUGGAAUUUGGGUCAAAGAAGACACAACCUACCGGUGCAUUUGUUCCUUCCCGGUGGGAAACAGUCGAUCCGGAGCUUUUAGAACAGCAGGCGAUGACAACAAGUAAAUGGGAGCUAAUUGAACAACAGCAAGGAAAGCCGACCGAUGAACAUCAAAGCCAACAAGAAAACUGCACCCCUGAUGACAGUUUAGACAGCUGCCGUGAUAUCCAAGAAGAAAUACGCAGGGCGCGGCUGAGGGAGAUCGAGGUCAAAGUUAUGCAAUAUCAGGAUGAAUUAGAAUCUGGGAAAAGAUCUCUUAAAGUUGGAUGGACUGUAGCUGAACAAAUUGAACAUCAUAGAAAAAAAUUAUUAAGAAAGUCUGAAAAAGUAGACAAGGAUAAAGUUACAGAUAAAGCACAACUUAAAAGAACUCCUUCACCAGUAGAUUCUCAAGAUUCUAGGGGUUGUAGAAGAUCGAAAAGAUCUAAAAGUAGUUCAUUGAGUCCGCCUCCUUCAAAGCGAUCAUACAGGUCAAGGAGCAGGAGUCCAUACGGAAGGAGGAGGAGGUCAAGGACACCACCGAGUCACAAGAACUCACCAGGUAGGAGGCGAUCGCCGGUCAGCUCCAGGAAAAGACGUGGCGGCUCGAGCCCAGAUGCGAACACUCCACGACGCAGGAGGGGCUCAAGCGGCGAGCCGUCGCCACCACACUCACACAAGAAACACUCAUCGAGACACAAGCACAAACAUAGGCAUUAGCAGUUUUUAAGCAGCCCCUUGUAAAUAACGGAGAUCCUCUGUUCUGGAAAUUUGUAACAAAUUUUCUUGUUGUACGGAUUUUCCUUUUUUCCCCCGAAGGCAUUUUACGUAUGUUUCUAUUGUAAAUAGCACUAUUAUAUCUUUUUGUUAUUUAACAAUUCAAUUUUUUCCCCUCAAUUUUUUUUUUUUUUUAAUUUGUAAUAAACCUUUAAGACUGACAGAUGAAAUUUAUGUACUUUUUUUUUUUGCUCUUCUUGUAAAUUUUAAUUCAACUUAAAAGCUAGAUUGACACAAUUGUUAACGUGAACAGCAUACUCAAUAAAGUUCAAAUACUAACAAUAAGACUUUACCUAAUUUUUAACUUUAAAAAAAUUGAAUUUUUUGUUUUAGGGUAGUGUAAUUAAAAUGGAAAUCUUAAAUAAUGAACAUUAUAAAUUUUGUACUUACAUUGGACAUGCAGUUCUACCAUGAAAUUCCAACUACGAUUUAUGAACACUGAUGAACUAAGCGGGCACGGGAAUGAUAUUUUAGCCCCUUAUUUAGAAAGGUCCACACUCACAGAAAUUAAGUACAUAAAGUGAAAGUAGAAAUGAAGUAAAUUUGAAUGAGUGAUACAUUGACAUCUGGGCACGAAUACUAAUUUUGUCUUUCUCACGGACUUUAUGACUUUCUCUGACAAUGAAUCAGACAAAACCUGCUAAAUAAUUUUAACUUACAAAUAGUGAUGAUCUAGGUGAACUAAAUUUCUGAAUGUAUAAUUGCAUAAUAAAUAAACAAAAGUAUGAAUAGUA